AGGUUGUUCAGGCGUGUCCCUCGCAACCGCACCACAACACCAUAGCAUACUCAACCCCCCCCCCCCCCCAAAUAUCCGCAUCCGACGACCACUCUAUCCGACCUGAUCUGCUAGCAUCCCGUCUCGUGUCGCGUUCGCAUAUACCCACCUGCCAAUUGCUCCGCCGUACUGCUGUCGCUGUCGCCGCCCUCCUGUUUUUUUUUUUUCCCACCCCCUUCGUCGCACAACUAGCCUUCUACCUGGUGGAGUCGAUAUCUGGUCAGGCGCGCCGAAUACUGCGGACGAGCUGCUAUUGGCGUUGGCUCCGAGCAACAGAUCCUUGGAGAUACCUACCGCCCUGUUGUUACUUUCUUUCUCGUGUGCUUCCCGAUAGCGCUCUCCGCCUCGGCCCAGCCAGCAGUACCAUACGCGACUCCCGAGUCCGACAUCAAACUUCCCGUGCCCGCUCCCCCCCCCCCCGCUAUGCUCUAACUUCCGAGGCGACUCCCUCUAGCAGACUACAGCGCCUGCAUUGAUUCCUAAUUUGCUCCGCCUUCAUCUUCACCCAUUGCCAUACAAAACGCCGCCAAGAUUCGAUCUUAUCUCGCCUAGUUACCAUACGUCCUGAGCUUGUACAUACGACGCCUACAUCAUGUCCGCACCCUUGACUCUGGAGGAGGAGACCCGCUACACGGAAGUCAUCGAUGGGAUCUUGGCUACUGCUGACCUCCUGACCGUCACGCGCAAGAAGGUGCGCAUGGGUCUCGAGGCCGCCUUAGGCGGGAAAGAUUUGUCUAAUCAGAAGACCGCGAUCAAGGCGCUCAUCGAGGAGCGCUUCGACGCCAUAUCUUCUGCCGCUCCGCCACCAUCCUCGGCAGCUCCCCAGGAUGAAGCCGCAUCUCCGCAGGCGUCACCUAAGCGUGAUGCUAACGGAUACGACGAGAAUAGUAUAGACGCCUCGGAAGAGGGUAAAGAGGACGCCAACGGCGACGAGAUCAAGGUGUCAGUGCAGCCGCCGAGAAAAAGGCAACGCAAGGAGAAGAGCGAGGACACCGAGGAUGCCGACGCCAAGUUAGCAGCGCUGCUGCAGGCACAGGAAAACCAGCGGACCCGCGCGACGCGCGGCGGCGGCAAGCCGAAGGCGCCUGCGAAGAAGAAGGCGGCGCCUCGGAAGAAGAGCGAUAAGAGAGUUCGCCCCGAAGAUGACAGCGACGUCGACGGGAGCGAGGAGUCGGGCACCCGGCCACGGAAGGCUGGCGGAGGCUUCCAGAAACCGUUCAACCUCAGCUAUCCGUUGGCCGAGCUAUGCGGCGAAUCCCAGCUAUCCCGACCGCAGGUGGUCAAGAAGUUAUGGGAACACAUUAAGGGGAAUCAACUACAGGACCCGAACGACGGGCGGCAAAUUCGAUGUGACGAGAGAAUGCAAGCCGUUUUCAAGCAGGCUAGAGUGGACAUGUUUCAGAUGAACAAACUAGUCGGUAACCAUCUCUACCCCGUGGACGAGGAAUGAUACACGGGUCCCAAGGAUAAGCUCAGGGACGGCACGCGUACCUAUCGUAUUAGGAUAGAGUGUGAAGGAGGAGGGGAAACAGAGAGACGAACACGUCGUGGAGUCUCACGGUUGCAUUUUUUUGCCCAGUGGGAUUAGCAUGUUUAUUUAUCACAGUUUUUUCUCUCUCUCAAGGUUGUUCUCCU